GUCGCGAGCGGCGCGAGCGCAGGCGAAGUGGGUCUUCUCUCUCUUCCCCUCCGAUAAUGAACGGCGCGCGAUAGCUGUCACUGUCAGUCCGCGUUCCGUGGGUGCAUCUCGUCGAGCGUCGUGUGCGCGCGCGAUGCGCCGUGUGGCCGCCGGUUUCGCGCUCGCGGAAGAGACGUGCCGUACAACAGCGAGCGAUCGCUAGCUCCUCCUCCCCCCUCGCCCCGGAUCGUGUCCCCGCGCGUAGAGAAAUCGUCGUGUCCUGGACGCCGGAACGCGCCGUUCGCCGUGGAUUACCCGAGGGGUGGCAGGAGCGUGGUGGCGAGACGCAGGAGACACGCGGUGGAGGAGCACCGGAGCAGCGAGGAUAACGCGACGAGCGGGAGCGGCGAGUCCGAUAAUCCGGCGAUGGGCGGACGGACGAGAGGACUCUGAGAGUUUGUAGCGAUAUAUACACCUCGUCGCCGCCGGCACGAUCUCCGGCCGUCCGGCCGAGUUUUCAACGAGACGAUGGAGGCUUGCCCCGCGAAUGUGUCCAGGAUAGAGGGUGCGUAGGACUCGCGCAGAGAGUAGACCAGGAACGAGAGAUCCAGCAUGGGGAAGUGUUGCAGCAAACGGCAAGAGUCUCAACCGAUCGGCUAUAAGAAAGCAGACACGGGACUCAGCUCAAAGCACAGCAAUGGAGGUUCCUUGGACCGAUACACCGCCGACCCAAAUCAGAGAGGCGUGCAAGCUCGGGCGGAUAUUAUCCGACCGAGGCCGACACCCUGUAAGCUACAGAUACCGCAUCAGCAACCCCGUAAAACGAAUCCGCCUGUUAAGUCUGCAUCGCAUUCACAGAGAUCCAACAAGAUCGUGGUGGCACUGUACAAUUACACGGCGCGAGAAAGCACCGACGUUAGUUUCAUGAAAGGCGACCGAAUGGAGGUCCUCGACGACUCCGAGCCGGACUGGUGGAGAGUGCUGCACUUAACGACUCUGCAGGAAGGCCUGAUCCCUUGGAACUUCGUGGCUGUCGAGCGGUCGGUCGAGAGCGAAGAUUGGUUCUUCGAGAAUGUGUCGCGCAAGGAGGCGGGCAAGCUGCUGCUGGUCGACGAGAAUCCCCGCGGUACGUUCUUGGUGAGGCCGAGCGAGCACAAUCCCCGGGGUUACAGCUUGUCGGUCAAGGAUUGGGAGGAAGGAAGGGGCCAUCAUGUGAAACACUACAAGAUUAAACCGCUCGACAAUGGCGGCUUCUUUAUCGCCACCAACCAAACGUUCUCCAGCUUACCGGCUCUGGUUAUGGCAUACAGCAAAAACGCGCUGGGUCUCUGUCACGUGCUUUCGAAGCCCUGCCCAAAACCGCAACCGGACAUGUGGGAUCUCGGGCCUGAGUUGCGCGACAAGUGGGAGAUCAACAGGAACGAGAUACAACUGAUCUCGGAACUUGGUAACGGCAAUUUCGGCAAAGUUUAUUACGGCAAGUGGCGAAAUAAAAUCGAGGUGGCGGUGAAGACGCUGCGUCCAGGGACCAUGUCGACCGAGGCGUUUCUGCAGGAGGCAGCCAUAAUGAAGCAAUUCCGACACAGGCAUCUGGUCGCGUUAUACGCGGUCUGCUCGAAAGAGGAGCCCAUCUACAUUGUUCAAGAAUACAUGUGUAACGGCAGCCUGUUGGACUUUCUCCGAAAGGGAGACGGCAAGUACAUGCAGUUCGAGGAUUUGAUCUAUAUUGCGGCCCAAGUGGCCUCCGGUAUGGAAUACCUCGAGAGCAAACAGCUCAUACACAGAGAUCUCGCAGCGAGGAACGUGCUGAUCGGCGAGAAGAACAAAGCGAAGAUCUGCGACUUCGGUCUCGCUAGGGUGAUCGAGGACGACGAGUACUGUCCGAAGCAGGGCAGUAGAUUCCCCGUCAAGUGGACCGCGCCGGAGGCCAUCGUCUAUGCCAGGUUCAGUAUCAAGAGCGACGUCUGGUCCUACGGAAUUCUGUUGAUGGAGCUCUUCACUUACGGACAAGUUCCUUAUCCUGGUAUGCACGGCCGUGAAGUGAUCGAGCAAGUGGACAAGGGCUACCGUAUGCCGAAACCAUUGAACCAUCCGCUGCCCGACAGUAUCUACCGAUUGAUGCUGCAGUGCUGGGACGCCAGUCCCGAGAAGCGGCCCACGUUCGAGUUCCUGAAUCACUAUUUCGAGUCGUUCAACGUCACUAGCGAAAUACCGUAUCUCGAGCCGCCGACGGACUGAUAUACAGCCCAUCAAUAUAUACAAAAUCAUCAUCUGCCGCCGCACGGUCACUUUCACCCAGCCCACAUCAAUUGUGCCAUGGAAUUUUAUGGUAUUUACUGCUAAGUAAACCAUUUAGCAUGUAUCACGCUACCCUCAUCGGAACCUUCGCGGACUGGGUGCAUCGUCCUCAUGGAGAGAAAACACUUUUAGUGAGAGAACACAUACGCGUCCUCGCGAUACUCCGCAUUGCUGUCGCGGGUGGCAUUUUUUCGACUGCGAAAUUUUUCUAUAGAUUUUAGCGACCAAUCUUCACCAGAAACAGUGCCGCGAAUUUAUCGAACUAUCACUGUCAAAUGCUGCCGAAAAUUUCAUCCUCUCUCUCUCUCUCUCGUCUCUUUUUUCUCCUCUCUCCCUUACCUUGUCCUUAUAUGUCCUUCUAUGUCCUUUAGUGUUAAGCACUAAAAACGUUAAACGGAUUGGAAGUUGAGUGUGCCAUGGUGUUUUGUAAGUACCGUUCGCAGGAACGAAUUGACAAGAUUCUAAUCUUCAUGACCAAUCAGGCGUUAACCGUAAUAUUUAGAAUCGGAAACGAGAAACGACUGCAAUCUUAAGGCUCGUAGUAGCACCGGCGAGUCGUUUUGCCUGCCCGUAAAAUUCGCGAUCACUUAAGCGCAUUUUCGUACUUUUGACGAUGAGGAACUACAAUAAAGAUGCUAGCAAUGUCAGUAAAUUUAGACACAAAUCACGGUAUUAGAGAGUAACGUGAUGUAAGUUUGGAAGUAAAAGUUCGGAAUUAUAGAUUAUACAAUAUAAUCGUAUAUUAGUAUGUUAGCAUACGAUUACGAGAUAUAUAUAUAUAUAUAUAGAAUGAAAAAGAGAGAAAGUGAAGGAGUGUAUGCGUAUGCGUGUUCGCGCGUAUUGUGAAUUUGUGACUUUGUCACACAAGAGCAUGUUGUAUUUAUAUUUUAUUGAUCUCGGAUCACGGUUACAUCCGAAUUUUCCUAAAGUCCAGUUUUUGGAUACUGUAGUCCUCGGAACAAAUUUUCGUACGAACUGUUUGUAGCGAAACGCUAUCAUGAACGCAUGACUUUUCAAACGGGGACGUAUGUAAAAUGUAAAAUUAAAUGUAAAGGACGUCUAUAUAGAUUUCUCGCGUUAAUUUGUCCGCUAAGAGGAACUCGGGAAGAGAAUUCUCAUUUGGAACGGUUAUUGCGCACAAGUCGAAGCUUAUUUUCGAGACGAUAUUAAACGUUCGACGGUUUAUUCCUCCUAAGUGUUAAGAAUCGUGUAUACGUGCGCUUUCCUGUUAUUGCUAAGCAAUAAUUUCAUUUCGGUUGUAAAACGCACGCAAAUAGGCAAUGAGAUUCAUCCACUUGGACUAAGAAAAAAAUCUUCAGUCGAGAGUUUUAUGUCAUGGGAGUGAGUUCGGUAGUAACUUGUUAACUUAUUCUCCGAGAAUGAUCCUCGAUGACAAAAAAACUCGAGUGUGUACACAGCCAAACGUGUCUGCCAAAAACAGAUCUGAUUGUAUUUACGAUGGUAUCCGCUUUCGAUCUUCUUUUUUAUAGUUCUUUUUUAACGCAGCGUACCGAUGCAUUUAAUAUUAUCGGCGUUUUCACGUACGUAAGUUGUUUCAAAUAGCAUGUCCAAACUUGAUUUAAGUAUCCUGCGAAAGUGCAGCGAAUACCUCGCACAAUGCGUUGUUUUUAUUUCAACAGUCGCUAUAUAGUGUAAUUGAAUUACGAUGUUCUUUUGCGAAGUACCGUUGGUCUUGUUGAAGAGAGAAAAAAGAAGGGUAUAAAAAAUUAUGAUAGACGAGAGAGGCGAGAAAGUUACUAAUAUCCGGAUAAGUGCGAAUGCGUUUGAGUGCGUUUGAGAGAAAAAAAAGAAAGGAAAGAGAAAAAUAUCCCGAAGCCCGUGUUCGCGAUGUAAGCCGACGCGGUGGGCUUCGCGUCGGGAUAAAUCGGAAAUGCAUUUUCGGAUAAACUUAAGUCAUCGAUGUUACUCGUACAAAGUGUCUGAAAAAUUGUAAAUUUUCUACUUAAAGAGGAAAGGAAGGAAAUACAAACGACAGAGAUUAGAAUAGGGAUUACUUAGACGAUAAGCGUGACAGUCUCGUUGGCGGAUCGGCGACUUUGCUCUCCUCGCGGUGCUCGAAAAAGGUGUUCUAGCGAGAAUCGCCUCCGACACCCCAGGAUUCAUCGUCCCUGCGAGGCCACGUUACGCGCGCGAGACCCGAGAUUGAGUCGAUUGCACCGACGUCGAUUAAAGCCAGCUCUGGUGUUAACGUCAUUGUCUUUCUGAAUUAUUUCUUAAUUCUAAUCAACCAACGAUUAACGUUUUAGAAGAGAUAAAGAUGUAGAAGUAUAUGAAAUAGACUGUUAAUUAGUAUUGUAACAGAGAGAUGCCGAGAAGAUAUUUUACUGUUGGAUGCAAUAUCAAACACCGUCUGUGUCAAGAAAGUGCACGGUGGGCGAAUAAAGCCUUAAUGUAAAAAAAAACCUUAAUUAGUACUGCCAUUUUUGCUUCUCGAGCUACAUUGUAGGCAGAUUGGCUAGACCUAUAAUCUGAAAAGGACAGCGAAUAAUUAACUGGAAUUACUCAACCAUGAUUGUUGAUGCAAUCAGCUGAGUCAGGCAAUCUGUGUUGAUUGCAUCACAGUCGGUUGACAGUGAUGAUUAAUUUUUCCCUUUAGCUACAUUAUGGUUGAAAUAACGGCACAAAAGAAACGUUUAAUUACUAAUUAAAGUGAGAGCCUACUAAUUAAAGUGGCCAAAGAUGAUACAAAAAGUAAAUGUUAUGAAAUCCUAUAUCUAAGACGUUCUGCUUCAAGUUUGUUCGUUGUAAAUGUGUUAAUCGAUUUCCCCUUUCCUAUCUCUUUCUACAUCGUAGCAGAAAUUGAUUUGCAAAGAAAAAAAAAUUACCCAGAGCCGGCUAGCGAAACUGUGGGUGCGAUCGAUCUUGAACGUUUACAUUUUACUGUGUCACGAUAAACGCGAUGAGCCAUUACGAUACGAUAGAUAUUAGUGAUUAAAGUGAAAACAAAAUGUGAGUGCGUUGCGCGCAUGCGGGCGUAGAAAAUUGUUACAUCCGUGUCAGCGUGAUCCUCUUUUCAUGUGUAUUUUACUGCGACUAAACGAGAGAGCAAUAACGCGGUAAACCCAUAUAUACACAGCGAUUAUUAUGCGGUUAAGUUAAAAUGUUGCUGCAAUAUCAAUCUCAUAUCCUCACGUAGGAGAUCGUAACAGAAGAAGAAGCGAUUUCGAGUACUAGACAUCUUAUUUAAAGGAAUAAGAAAUAGAAAAUUAAUGAACAUAACAUAUCAAUGACUGUCGUUAUACAAUCUAAACGACAGUCAUUAAUAUGGCAAUUAACUAUCUGUUAUCAGCAAUGCAUAUAUUAUUGUGGAAGUGUCGGAAUAAUCAUGAUGUGGCCGAAGAAGUCUAAACGACACGAAUGUCUAACAAAUAAGUCAAAAAGACAUCGACGUUUUCCAGACGCCUCUUUUUUGUGAAGAAAUUAUAACAAUUUGUAAAAUAUUGUCUGGCUCAUUUGCAAUUAUAAUACACAAAUGUCUGGAAGACGUUUUAACGUCUUUUCAACGUUAUAUGUCUUUGUGACGUCUCUCGGACUCCCACGUUGUUUGGAUAGACUUUGAUAUCGCGGCAGUCCUUAUUUUAUGAAGAUCCUAGUAUCCGUAAGAGAAAUCCUCACCGCGAUGUUUACAUGGUACGUAGCAUAUUUCCAAUAAAAAUUAUAGCGACAUCGCAUGGAAGAGUGCGCGUGAAAAGGCGUUCACGUUUACGUUAGCGUUAGAGAGUAGGUGUAUUACGUCCAGUACAUUUUUUCUAUGAGCGUUUUAUACCGAUGAUAAACUUGUUUUCUCAUGAUAGACGAUUACUUGGAAAUUUCGCUGAUGAUGAUGAUGAUAAUCAUGAUCGCUACCGUAGGUCGUAGAUUAAAAAGAAAGAAAAAAAGACGUAGGGGUUUGAACUGAUGCGAGCUCAACAGGAACGAUCUAAGCGACAGAAACAUCCGGACAACAUCAGGAGAAUGUCUGAAAGGCGUUCGCUGGAUAAUUGAAAAGUUAAACCGCCUUUCGGAUGUAUUUCGGAUGAUGUCUUGCGGAUUUUCAUGUUGAAAGGAGAGCAAUGAUUUCGAGGCGAUGCGAAGCGUUUGCGUUAUAUGGUAUAUAUAUUCGCGUAGACUGUUUCAUUCGGAUCACAUUUGGACCAUGUAUUUACAAAUUAUUAUAGUGAAAGGCAUCGUGGCCUUUUUCCACUGGAUAUAGAGACUGAUAUUGUUUAAAUGAAGCCCGCGUGCUGUCGGGAAUCUUACGUCCGAUCGUUCGCAAAAUAUCUAAAUGAAAUGGCUUGUUUUGUUCUAAAUCCGAUAGUAGCUGUAUACUUUAUCGAUCGCGUAUAAUUGUAUAUAAUAAGAUUUUGAUUGAUUGAGCGCAGCAGCAUGAGGAUUGAAAUUUUUUACGAAUAUAUACAUACGAGAAUGUUUUAUAUUCUCUAAAUAUCGGAUGCCGUAAAUUUCACUAACUUGCAAAUGAGCAUUUCUUUCAAAUCUUUGGUGUGAUCAUUUUGUAAUUAAUUCUCGUACGAUUGAUAAUGACGUAAUUGUGCGUCACGGGAUUUACUGGGAAACACCUCGGACGUAUUGUUCCCGCGUCCUUUAUUUGCAAAUGACGAGGUUUAAAUUAUACGGUGACCUAAGAAAGGGCGAGAAAUCAGCGAGUAUACGCAUAUAUUGUACUUAAUGAAAAAUUAUGCUCUCCAUUAAUCGUGGAUUUCGCGACGCCUUCUUCGGAGACAGUGUACUCCUAUUCGUGGCCCCCGUUCAAAUGAAAUUUUCGGUAAAUCUGUGAUAUAGGGACAGACCACUUUCUCUAUCUAUCUCUCUCCCUCUCUUUCACGCGUUUUGAUACAAAAAAGAUCGACAUUGUCAUCUCGCGGCGACCACGAGAGCACCGCGCCGCCAAAGGAGGACGAUGAUUAUCCACGAUUAUCGUAUUAAUAUAAUCGUUUGCAGAACAGAGUCGUCUCACGUGAUGCGCACACCAAAAAUAAUUUUUCUCGUACGCCCGGCUUUCUUACGUUCGAGUUUUCUUCACGUCGUGAAGUCACACGUUUCAUCACCGCGCGUCGACGUGCAUUUUUCAUUCGUAUUGUACCUAAAGCGAAAACGAUCAAUACACUGUUGUCAUUGUUUAUAUACCAAAGCUUAUUAUCAUUAAGUAACUUAACGAUUACUUUGUGUUAUUAUUAUAUUAAUUGUCGUAAGCCUAUGCAGAUAAAUAUAUUAUGUAUCAUAUUAA